AUGGUGGUGGUGGUGGGGCCCCUGAGCCUGAAGAAGGCUUUGCUGUUGCUGUGGUUGCUGCUUCUGCCUGGAGAAGGCACAUGGUAUGAACUGAACUGGUGGAGGAUCAGGUUCUGGGGUGGCAGGUUCUUCUACUUCUACCUGAAUGGCCAGGGGUGGGAGGAGCUGACCACCAAUGAAGUCAAAAGCCUGCAGAAGGCUAUGGAGAAAGACCCUGCCAUGGGGCAAUACAUCUUUGGAGAAGAUGAUUAUGUCCCACCAGGGGUUCCUGAGUGGAGUGGAAAUAGGUGGUGGCCACCAGGGAUGGUGGACCACAGCCAAGAGCCUGAAGAAGGCUUGGCCACAUCCAUUUGGGUGUGGAGUGAUUCAGAAGACACUGGCCCAAGCUGGGCCCCACAGCCACCACAAACUGUGGGGUGGACUGAGUGGUCUCAGCCUGCAGAAGGCUCAAGCACUGAUGGUGACUGGGAUUGGUGGGAGCAAAACAAGCCUGGGGAAGGCCCAUGGAUGACUUGGUGGGGAAAGAACAAAAAGCCUGAAGAAGGCUGGGAAGAGGUGCCCUUCAACCCCCAAGCUUGGGAAGACUGGGCUGAAUGGCAAAGAGAUGAUGAGCCAGUAGAUGGCUGGGACAGGCCUUGGGUCAGGAGGGGAGAGCCUGCAGAAGGCUGUGCAAUGGAUGCUGAGGAGGAGACAAUGGAUGCUGAGAAGAAGCCUGGAAAAGGCCAAAGGGUGUGGAGCAACAAGAAGAAGCUGAAGAAAGAGGACGAUGACCAAGGCCAAGGCAAUAAGCCUCUAGAAGAGCCUGGAGAAGGCAGUGGUGAGAAGAAUGUGAAAAAAGAAGCUGAUCCCCAAACCUUGCCUGAAGAAGGCAGCUCAAUGCCUCCAGAAGGUACUUUGAUUGCUGAGGCAGAGCCACCUCCACCACCAGGGGAAGAUGUGGAAACGCCAGAUUUCAGCCCAGAUGAGCACAUGCAUGCAGAAGGCACUGAAGCAAAGCCUGCAGAAGGCACUGAAGCAAAGCCUGCAGAAGGCACUGGACAAGGCCAAACCUGA